GACCAACUCCGGAAAGCUCUUAUGUAGAGUCUUCUCGCACUUAACAUCGUACCUUUACGAGCCAUGUGACUCGAUGAUCUAUGGAGCCUAUGUAUGUGGUCCAUCAAAGAUGGAGAUUCUGGACAAGACAAACUUGCAAGGAAGGGCAAUGAUUCUUGAGGACGGGCAUGGCCGCAAAGUUGUCUUUUCUCUCCUUCAUGACCUUGAUUAAUGAAAUAUGGAAAUAUGUACAUAGUUGGAUUUUACAUAGUUAUUUUUGAACAAGAAAAUGCAAUUGCUGUGGCGCCUGCAUUAUGGGUAGAGGAGGUGAAUGGGGUUCUGAUUUGCUACUGGCCCCGUAGAAACGCUGCUGCCAUGGCAAAGGCCUCCCAAAGGCCAGAUAAGGAGCUCUGGAAGCGGCACAAAAUAAGAAUACUCUCCGAGACUGACAACUAUAAGACAGCCAGAGAGCGAGCCAAAAAAGCUGUAGAAAGUUCAAACGUGGACACAGAAGAAGAGGUGCUAAAAGAGCGGAAAAAAAAGGUACCAUCAAAAUACUGGACAGAGAGUGAAGGAGAAUGUGAGAUUCCUACCAAAAAAAGGAGAAAAAUGUCCACAUCCUCUCAAAAGCCAUCAAGCCUCCCAAAGCCUCCAAGUUACAAACCACCUACUGACAUCACAAUCACAGCUCACUCACCUGAGGAAGAUGAGCCAUCCCUGCCAAAUCUUUCAGCUAAUAAUACUUUCCAUGAUUUCCAGCAUCUCAUCGAGCAAUCUGAGCAGCGGAUGCUCCUCGCAAUAGAGAGAAUGUCGACAGAUAUUUCAAAUUCUAUUGAGCGUCUGGUCCAGACUAUUCAACAGAAUCAUCCUGGUCCGGCAACCGUCACAACACCACCACAGGAGACCAUUGAGAGGCCCUGCAGAAUAGUGCAGGAGCUGCAAGCUUUCAUAUUAAAACUUGAGGGCCCAGAAGGGAAAAAAAGGAUGAUACAGUUUUUGAGCCUGAUGGGAGGUAGCAACAUUGGAGACGCUGUGAGGAGAAUCCUUCGGAAAAUAGCUACCAAUGAGGCCUGGUCAAAUUACAGCCUGAAAGGCCGAAAAGGAAAACUGACCUUCAUUGGGACAGCGCUUCACCAUAUUGUUUUAAGUAUGCUUUUCAAAACUUCUCUCUUCUUCUCACUUCAUCACGAAACUUUUUAAAGAGCAAAUGAUAAACAGAAAAAUGUCUGUACUGUCCCUGUACCU